CCCCGGGCCAGGCUACUUUGUGGUGUCUCUCACCCGCGCCGCUCGUCACAUUUGUCGUCCGACACCCAAAAGCCAUUACUCUUUGCAAGUUGGCUCACGAACACGCCUCGUACCAUGCCACUCAACCGAUAUUCUGACUCAUUAUCAACAUGUACCCUUUACGCCAGAAGCGGAGGCCCAUGGAAGAUGAAACGAAGCCCGUUCCUAAAAAAUGUGCCUCGGACCACACAGUACUUGUACUCUAAAGCACGCCCAUUUGACAGUACCCUAUGGGGUCUCGUGGGAUGCUUGGCACGACGCCCCUAUUCUAUUGUAUUACCAUCCCCUUCGCAUCACUCACCCCACCAUGAUGGCUACGAAAUCUGGUGAUAGCAAGUCCAUUACUGGCUCACCUCCCUCGUACAACACAAUUUAUAACAUCCAAGUCAAAUGCAGACAACCAUCCGUAUUCUCCUUUUUAUCAGUCAAGCAGAGACGUGCCACCGCUCUAUCUCGCAUUCGUGAUCUUGUCUCCCCCACAUAUGUCGCCCCUUCCUCCAUUGAAUCGAUCGUCAAUGCAUAUGUUCAUGAUCUCACAGCUGCAGAGCUCUCCGACCUUCUGCAAACACCCAAUAUCGAGGGUCACACGGCGCUAUAUUGGGCAAUUGUGAAUCACCAGCGAGAAGUAUUCUCGGCGUUUAUUGAAUUCAUUUCCAAAAUUUCAUUCAAAUGCUCUUCCGACCUACGUCUUGCGUGCAUGCAAACUAGCGACCAAGCAUCAUUUUCGCAGCUGAAUUUUCAAAAUACUAAUACCAAGGACGAGUCUUUAAGACGAUUUCUGGGUUGUCCACCAGAUGAGAUUGAAGUACAUCAUGGGGGAGAACUGGACGACCACCAGUUCGUUGCUUCCUUCCGUAUCAGGAUGUUCCAGAAACGUCUACGCGCUACACGAGAAUUAAAUUAUGAUUUUGUUGCGCGAGGACGUAUAUGGUGUUUCCGCUUUUAUAUGGGGAAGAAGGGGAGAUGGGUCGCUGGCUUUUGUCUCUCUUCGCCUAGUCUUCCAGCUUCUCCACGUCCUUCACUUCUGUUAGAAACAGAAAACGGGGAACCUGGCCGUGAAACACCGCCUAAAAGGGUGUACAAGGAGGUAGGAACAAAAUUCACGGAAACGCUCGUGUCGGAGGAGUAAGUUUAAAUCUGCCUUGACACAUUCGAAUCUGAGGUACUGAUACAUUUAUAAUUCCCAUGCAACUAUUUGUUGUUCCUCCGUUGGCUAUGCAGAUACAUCGGCGAUGUAGACGGCGAGCGUUUUUUUAACAUAAGUUGGUGGUUGGAUGAUCACUGGGUGACGUACGAGUAAGUCUUGUUUCCUCAACUCGGUUCUUGCAACAGUGAUGCAGCAAGCGACAUAUCUUGCCACUCGUCUCCUUUGACGAAUUCAACUGACUGUUUUAUCGCAGCAAUUCCACAGAUGUAGACUACGAUAACACACUACAUGCAAAGCUGGAGAUCACACUCAAAGAGUAGCUCGUCAUAACAUUUAUCGGCUCACAAAAUGGUAGAUAAUAUAUCAUUCAUGAUGCAUCUGGGACUGCAGAGCGAAUCUUUACACCAUUUGCACGUC